AGUCACAGCCUAUUUCACAUCCGGUUUACCCAGGGACAUAUUACUAUUGUCUGAGUGGAGAAAAAGCUUUAUUUGCUCGCAAUCUCUAUAUUUAAAGUAGAUUUUGUAGUUAGAUUAGCGAUCUGCUGGGACUGGAAAGAGUUUAACUCCCCUCGCAAGGGAUAGUGUGCGAGACCUGCGCAAACUCAGCAUCGUCAGCAGCCGCUUCGCGAGCCUCGAGCCAAAAUCCGCUAGAUCUGAGAUCAGUGAGGAUUUUGCACGUCGGAUCCAUGUAGAAAAGUGAAAUUUGCAUAACAAAACCAUGUUUGGACGAACCGGAUCGUUCGUGCUCUGCUUAUGGGCCUGUGUGCUGGUGCUGCAUGUGCUCUGUGGGAAAAGUUCCGGACAGAAUGGCAUUUCUGACGAGCAGAAAGACAACACUACUGUCUUUACCCGCAUCCUGGACAGCCUGCUGGAUGGGUACGACAAUCGACUUCGGCCCGGACUGGGAGAGCGUGUAACCGAAGUCAAGACUGACAUUUUCGUGACGAGUAUUGGGCCUGUCUCGGACCACGACAUGGAGUACACGAUUGACGUUUUCUUCCGACAAAGCUGGAGGGACGAGCGGCUGAAGUUCAAGGGUCCCAUGGCAGUGCUUAGGCUAAACAACCUGAUGGCGAGUAAAAUCUGGACGCCUGACACGUUCUUCCACAACGGCAAGAAGUCUGUCGCCCAUAACAUGACGAUGCCCAACAAGCUACUGCGAAUCACUGAGGAGGGGACUCUGCUGUACACCAUGAGGCUGACGGUGAGAGCUGAGUGUCCCAUGCACCUGGAGGACUUCCCCAUGGAUGCUCACGCCUGCCCGCUCAAGUUCGGCAGCUACGCUUACACGCGCGCGGAAGUCGUGUAUGUGUGGACAAGGGGAGCUGCCCAGUCUGUGGUUGUGGCCGAAGACGGAUCCCGACUUAACCAGUAUGACCUAAUGGGACAGUCUGUGGACUCUGGUGUGGUCCAGUCGAGCACAGGCGAAUAUGUUGUCAUGACAACACAUUUCCACUUAAAGAGGAAGAUUGGCUAUUUUGUCAUCCAGACCUACCUGCCCUGCAUAAUGACAGUGAUUCUAUCCCAAGUGUCAUUCUGGCUCAACAGAGAAUCUGUCCCUGCAAGGACUGUGUUCGGGGUGACCACCGUACUGACCAUGACCACGCUCAGCAUCAGCGCGAGAAACUCCCUCCCCAAGGUGGCCUACGCCACCGCCAUGGACUGGUUCAUCGCUGUCUGCUACGCCUUCGUCUUCUCCGCGCUCAUCGAGUUCGCUACAGUCAACUACUUCACCAAGCGGGGCUACGCCUGGGAUGGCAAAAGUGUGGUGCCAGAGAAGCAAAAGAAGAAGAAGGAGUCACUUCUGAAGAAGAACAACACGUAUACUGCCACAACUGCGACGGCCUUCGCACCAAAUAUCGCUAGAGAUCCCGGACUGGCCACCAUCGCCAAAAGUGCCCCCCCUCCCCCCACCGAGCCAAAAGAGGAGCCCAAACCCAAGCCCCCGGAAGCCAAGAAGACCUUCAACAGCGUGAGCAAGAUUGACAGGAUCGCCAGGAUAGCCUUCCCCCUCCUCUUCGGUACCUUCAACCUUGUCUACUGGGCCACCUACUUGAAUAAGAAACCAAAAUUGCAAGGGAUGCCUCAGCCUCACUAAUCUGGAGGUUCACUUUCGUUUUGCGUUAUAUUUUUUGGGGAGGGGGGAGGGGACACAGGGAAUGAUAUUUUCCCCCCCGGAGAAGUCUGUCAUGUUCAAGUUGACACAUUGUUUCUAUGUGUAUCAAAGAUAAUAUUGUACCUUAAAUUAGGAAAACAAAAAGGAGAUUCUAGAAUUCCAGAAAUGUGGUUUAAACGAAUGGGAACCUUUAAGGAAUCGCUCUGCUGUUAAAAUACGCUAAAAUAUAUACAUGAGAGAAUGCUAAACUACCAAUGCACAUAGCCUAACAGCUAGCCUAACGGGCCUCCCUCGUCUCGGUUUCCAUCCCUUAUUUUGCUUCACAACAUCAUUACUUUUAAACCGGUCUAUUAAAAAAAAUGGGAAAAAAGUUGCAUGGAAUUUUAUUCACUACAUUUUCAAAAUCCGUUAAAAAUUCUUACAGAUUUACGUAAUUUCACUCGCAGAGGUUACCUUGAAUCCAAGGUAUUCAGCUAGUUAGCUAAUCUUCCACAUUUAGCAGUAGUAUAUUUAAUGUUCGGAUCUAUUUGUUUUUUUUUUUUUUAAUUGCGAUAGGGUUUCAGCAAUAGCAAUAAAACACGUCUCAGUGGAUUCUAUUCAUGAAUUUAAAAAAGGAAAAAAGUUCAUUAGAGUAUUACAUGGAACAAUAAGCAGACUAUUUAGUUUUAUUGUAAAUAUUACCAAGUGUUAGAGAUGUCAAUAUUACGUUUAAGCUUUGUAAAACGUAACUAUAAGAUAUACAUAUUCUAUAUGUGGAACAGAACAGCUUUUAAAAGCUCAGUGUAAACAAAGGAUGAGGAAGUUCAUGGAUUUUAAGUGACUGUUUCUUUACCAGGCUAGAGUUCUUCUAAAUACUGGUUUAUGUUCCCAGUGUUAAACACCUAAGUCAAAUAAAAUUAAGAACAAAAAACAAAAAAAAAAAACUGAUGAAUAUAUGUGUGUAUUUACACACCAACAUGCGUUCUAAGAAGGAUCAGCAAGAUGUAAGAAUGUAAAUGUAAUAUUUAAAUGUCGGAAUGCAUUUUAUAUUUAUCACUUAUUAUAUAUUUUGAUUUAUUAUAGAACAGACAUUUGUAAAUGGUUUUGUCAGAGCUGAAUAGUUCUUUGCAUCGUUUUUUUUUUUCGGUUGCCACUGGUAGCUGGUUACAUUGACCGUGAAGAGCAGUGCCUUUUCCACUUGAAGGGAUGAACUAAGACAGAUUGCGUUCCGCAGAUUGUGAGAAGUCCGUCCGCUGUGUUCUACGUUGUCCUGAUACAGUUCGACUCUUUCGUUUUGACUUUUCACUGAAGGUCGGAACAUGCCAGCUGCACUGCCUUCCAUCCCACAUGCCCUCAGUAGCUUGUCAUCGUCGUUUUUAUUACGAUUACUGCAUUCUGUUUGUCUGUUACAGAAAAACGCUACCUAGCCUUGUACAUUAGUACUGCACCCUGCACAUAAUGAUGUCUUCUGCUGUUACAGUAACAACAAAAUGUUUUAUUUUUGUAGCCAGAUGUCCUGUAUGAGAACGUUCCAACAAAACCAAAAUAAGCCACUUUAGAGUUUUUUUUUCCAGUGAGUGAUUUCACAACUCGGCAUAUCUUGUUUCAUUUCUUUUAAUGUAGCAAUAUAGCGAGAAAGGGCUUUUUAGUGACCAGGAGAUAUUUUAUUGGGUAACUAAAUUUAUUUGGCAAUCGCAAUGGUAGCUUUAUGUUGGCGUCAAAGAAAUAUAUAAUUUAGUACGUCGAAUUCAGGAGACUCUGGUGGGUGAAGGUUUUUCCUCGAUGUUUGAUUCUGUUGGAAAACGAAUUGCUUGUGGGCGGGGUGGGUUUGUGAAGGAAGGCGUUCGAUUUCAGGCCGUGGAAUGCUUUGGGACGGUUCCUGCUACACGAAUAGCAAGAGGAAAUCACACGUUUUAAGGGUUCAAACACAGCAGCCCGAAUAUGAGGAGGACUGAUUGAAUCGGAAUGGGGUUUAGUCUCAUGGGGGGGCUGUUUUCCCCUGCAGAUUGUAUGUAAACUCUCUGUCCAUUUCAAACUGCUGUAUGCCCUUGUCACAUGUUGUAUAAACACAUACAAAUGGAUAGAUUUGCCAAUUAAAACAUACUGUACGGAUGUUUAUUAUCAUGAAAGUACAUAUAUAAAUACAAAUAUAAAUAUAUAUAUAUACAUAUAAAUAUUUACUUAUAGUACAGAUAGGUAUUGUUUGUAAGAGACUAGUAGUAUGCAUUUUGCACAUUAGAAGCUUAAUUUACAUUUACGUAGUCAGCUUCGUGCUAUGCAAGAACACUAUUGUUUUCCUUCCAUAUUUCAGAUCGACCAGAUGUUAUAUAAAGCUUAACACUUUGCUAAAGACAAUGCAUUCUGCUUUUUUUUGCCCCUCUUCAUAAUUUUUGUCAAAAACAAGCCAAAAAUAAUUUUUUAUUCGAAUAGCUAUUCGGUUCUUGGUCAAGGUUACAAAAAAAAAACGACGUGGGGAUGUUAAUUGUACGUAAGCUUAAUAUCAUGGCAAUAACAUUUCAAGGUGAUGCAUGUUGCGAAUUAAGAUUUGAGAUGCCUGUGCAGACAUCGAUUCAAAGCAUAUGCUGGUGUUGUAAUAAGCUGGAAACGAGUUUCGAGUGAAGAAAAAAAAAAAAACGUGUCAAUUGUCCAUUUCACCAAUAUCAUUUUUAUUCAUCACAAUGUUUGUAGUUAAUUUCUGCUUCACAAGUGAAUCAGGUUCCAUGGUAUGUUGUGGAAGAAUUGGAAUACAGUCAUGAAUACAUGAGCACCCAAAUGUGUCAGACACACUGCAGGUCAUUAUUUCGGGCAGCAGUUAUAAAAUAAAAGUAUAACGUUCUAAGUCAGGCAUCGUGCACUUCCACUCACCUGUGUGUUAUUCUUCCACGUAUGUAUUAUGCACAGAUGUGUAGCACCUUAACAUUAGCAAUCGAAGUCAGUCUGUAUUUAGGUUCCAGCUGAUCUGGUUUUCUUCUCGAACGUGGGUGUCUGUUAACCCUGUUAACAUAUGCCUCCAUUUGUGUUUGUUUUAAAGAGAAAAUAAAGACUUAACUGGAAAACGAAA